AUGCGCGAACGCAUCAAGACGUUGCUGGACUCCAAAGUCUACCAGAAGCCUGUCUCGCUCUCGCCCAUUUACGAGGUGGUUUUCAAAGUGCGGAGAAAAGGCGACGGGCUCACCUGCGUCUGCAAGCAGAUUCAGCUGAGCAACUGCAAGCAGCGAGCGCGCGAUGAAGCCAACAAGGAGGUAAAUCUCCUCAGACGAGUCUCGCAUGGUUGCAACUACAUCGUCCAGUAUUUGGGAUCUUUUUUGGAAGGUGAGGCCUUGCACAUCCUCAUGGAGUACUGCGAGAGAGGAGACUUGUGCCAGUUCCUCAAGACUCGCGACGAGAGCCUGGAGGAGAGAGCGAUCUGGAAGUAUUUGUUGCAGAUUGGCCUCGGAUUAAGAUGGCUUCACCAGAACAGGAUUCUACACCGUGACAUCAAGACCAUGAACGUGUUCCUGAAGACCAACGAUGAUGUGCGAUUGGGUGAUCUUGGCGGUCGCCACCAGAGUAUAGUCUGGGCGAGAAGUGGAUCAGAAUCGGUCCUUCUCACCGCUCUGCUCAAAAAGAUCAGAGAGAGCGGAAUUUCCAUUGACGAAGCUGCCAAAGCCUGCCACAAAGAGGCAUCACCAGACAAACAUAAAGAAGCAAUGAGGUUCAUGGAACCUCUUGCUCAAGACUUGAUGGAUUGCAUUGUAGCCAAAGUGCCGGUGCAAAAUUCGGAUGCUUCGGAAGAACUUGCCAAAGCCAAAGCCAAGUUGGCUGAGCAUGGCAUUGAAAUUUCUCCCUUAAAACGUAAGUCCGAAUCUGCACCCAGUUCCUCAGAGCAGCAGGGCAAGCGAGCUAAGCCUCCCAUGCCUGUUGCAGAUGUUGAGCCAAAACCCCUUUCUGAUGUCGAGAAACUCUUGGAUGAGCCCAAGAGGAAGCUGGAUUCUCGCCCCAAGGGAGCCACAGAUGACCAUGUCACUGAAUGGCUCAAUACAUUUAAGACCAAGCCUGAAUUUAAAGGCAAACAUCCAAAGUUGGUCAAAUACGUGAAAACCGUUCAAGAUUUGCUCAAGACUGGCACUGCCAAAGACGAAAUAGUUUCGGCAGCAGUUCGAUUCGGUCUGGAUGCCAAAUUGGCAUCUCGCCUCUCUUUGAAGAACCUUUCAGCCACCAUAGCAGUGGCACAGUUCGAGGCAGCUUGA